AUGGAGACCUUCCUGCUGAAGUACGGCGAAUACGAGGCCGGGCUGCAGGCGCUGCGCGAGGACAGCCGCCCGACGCUCGCGCGCUCCGACUCGUCCCCCGAUCCCCUGAAAAGGCACGUGGCGAUAACCGACCUGGCUUCACCGCCCCCUUGGGUCUCGCCGCUUCUGAAGCAGUCGCUCGAAGGGCCAAGUCGCAAGACUUCCAGGUUCAAAAGCGAGGGGCCCCAGAAAGAGCAGGAUCACGAGUCCACUCAGGAGCUGCCGAGCGGCUACGUUUCAGAUGACGUCAGCGGUGGAGGCGGGCCAGCUCCGAGGUGGGGGAGAAAGCUGGACCGGACCCGCACCCCCCCAAGACGAAGCCUCGGUUCAGUGCUCCUGGGCCAGAUUCCGCUGAAGGCGAGCGGAACAUUCAGCGGAAUGGCUGCGGAGGAGAAUACAGACCCCCGGACCGACAGUCUCGACCUGGAGGACGGGAUGAAAUGGAAAACGGGGUUAGGCGUACCGGAUGGGUUAGGCGACCCACCCGGACUCUUUGAGAUGCUGGACGGGAUGGGCCUGGGGCGCUACGCGAGCGUUCUCGAGGAGGCAGAGGUGACGGUCGACAUUCUGUCCACCAUGACGCCUGAGCAACUCAAGGAGGCGGGCGUGCAGGCAAUUGGCGCCCGCCUGCGGAUCCUGGAAGCGUUCAGGGCGCCAAAGGCAACCAGCUCUCCUUGA